AUGGCUGAGACUGAUUCCGCGACGCCCCAGAAAUGGUCCGAAGAGCGUGUGGAGAAGCCAUCGAUCCACGAGAAGGACGUGGUGUAUGAACAUGCUAAAUCAAAGCACCAUGACCCAAAUUGGACUGGCGAAGGGGUGGACACCUCACAAGUCGACCCCAAGAAGGUCCUACGGAAAAUGGAUUUGCGCCUGAUACCCAUGCUGGCGAUCCUAUACCUCCUGUCUUUCCUCGACCGAGGCAACAUUGGCAACGCGAAGAUCGAAGGCAUGGAGACCGACCUGAGUCUUUCCGGGCCAGAAUACAGCCUUUGCGCGACCGUCUUUGCCUUCUGUUUGGUUGCCAUCCAUCAUGGUAGCGUGGGGUACGUCUUUUGCAGCGUUGGCAGACAGAUCAUCAAGUUGACAAAGCUAGGCACGGUCAUGACCUUGAUGGGUCUUGUUCAAAGCUACCAUGGCCUUCUCAUUGCUCGUAUAUUCCUUGGUGUCGCCGAAGCUGGCCUCUAUCCUGGUGUUGCAUACUACCUGACAAUGUGGUAUUGCACCGAAGAACUGGCUUUCCGCCAGAGCCUCUUCUUCAGCGCCGCCAGCGUGGCCGGCGCCUUUUCAGGCUUACUUGCGUUCGCCAUCGCCAAAAUGGACGGCGUCGCUGGCGAAGCAGGCUGGCGCUGGAUCUUUAUUCUCGAGGGCAUCGCAACUGUUGUCGUUGCCGUCGCAGCUUUCUUUCUCUUGCACGACUUCCCCGACACGGCAAGCUUUCUGACGACCGAGGAGAGGGCAUGGGUCGUGCAUCGACUCAAGUACCAAGGGAGCAAGAAGAGCGGAAGAAUGGUCGCUGAGAGCGAGCACUUCGAAUGGAAAUACGUCAUCAGAGCUCUCACGGAUUGGCAAAUAUACCUGUCGCUUUUCAUGUAUUGGUCUAUCGUCGUACCCUUGUAUGGCAUCUCUUUCUUCCUGCCGACAAUCAUCAAGGAGCUUGGAUACACGUCGGCGACAGCACAGCUUUUGACGGUUCCGAUCUAUAUCACAGCUGCAAUUCUGGCCGUCAUCAUCGGGUGGGCUUCGGACAGAGCCACCAAGCGAGGAGCCUCGCGCUGGCCCUACAUCUUCUUCCCCGUGUGCGCCAUUCUGGUUGGCUUCGUCAUCGCCAUCGCCGGUUCCGCUGCUGGAGAUAUCCCUGGCGUGGUGUAUGCCGGCGUGUUCAUUGCGACCUGUGGAAUCUACCCCGCUUUUCCGGGCAACGUCACCUGGAUCGCCAACAACCUCGCAGGGAGCUACAAGCGAAGCGUCGGGAUGGCUCUACAGAUCGGUCUGGGCAAUCUCGGAGGCGCCAUGGCGAGCAACUUUUAUCGCAGCGUCGACGCGCCCAAGUAUCUGCUUGGCCACGGUCUGGAGAUCAUGUUUGUCGUCUUCGGCCUGGUGGCCAUCAUUGCUUUGCGGAUCUCGUAUGGAGUCAUCAACAAGAAGAGAGAGCGCAGUGGGGCCGCGGAGGGUUUGACGGACGAGCAGCUUGCAGACCUCGGCGACAAGAGCCCGUCGUUCAGGUAUACGCUGUAG